GUGGGGCGAGCGAGCGAGCCGGUUUUGCUAAUCCGGUGGGCCGCGGCCCGCUGGCACGCACGCGGGAGCCCGCUGACUUUCCCGCGACAUGCGAGAUGCCGCCGCACUGGAGCUCCACGCCGGGGCGCCGCGGACGGCGCUCGCCGACCACUGCGCGCGCCUCCUGCGGCUGUGCGGCGCGGCCGCCAACCCGGGCGCCGGGCGCGCCGUCCACGCGCGCGCCGUCAAGGCCGGCCUCCUCGCCAGCGCCUACCUCUGCAACAACCUCCUCUCCUACUACGCCGCCGCCGGCGGCGGCCUCCGGGAGGCGCGGCGCCUGUUCGACGAGGUCCCCGCGGCGCAGCGGAACGUGUUCACCUGGAACUCGCUGCUGUCGACCUACGCCAAGUCGGGCCGCCUGGCCGACGCGCGCGCCGUGUUCGCGGAAAUGCCCGAGCGCGACGCCGUGUCGUGGACCGUCAUGGUCGUGGGGCUCAACCGCGCCCGCCGCUUCGGGGAGGCCGUCGAGGCGUUCCUGGACAUGGUCGGGGACGGGCUGGCGCCGACGCAGUUCACGCUCACCAACGUGCUCUCGUCGUGCGCGGCCGCGGAGGCCGGCGGGGCCGGGCGGAGGGUGCACUCCUUCGUCGUCAAGCUCGGCCUGGGCGGCUGCGUGCCUGUGGCCAACUCGGUGCUCAACAUGUACGGCAAGUGCGGGGACGCCGAGACGGCAAGGGCCGUGUUCGAACAGAUGCCGGCGCGGAGCGUGUCGAGCUGGAACGCCAUGGUGUCGCUCGACGCGCGUCUGGGGAGGAUGGACCUUGCUUUGUCCUUGUUCGAGAGCAUGCCGGACCGGACCAUCGUCUCAUGGAACGCGGUCAUCACGGGGUACAACCAGAAUGGGUUUGACGCCAAGGCACUGUGGUUCUUCUCGCGGAUGCUGCGGGAUUCUUCUUCCAUGGUGCCGGAUGAAUUCACAAUCACCAGUGUCCUGUCAGCUUGCGCCAACCUUCGCAUGGUGAGCAUUGGAAAGCAGGUGCAUGCAUACAUCUUAAGGAGCGGAAUGCCGUGCGUCGGUCAGGUCACCAAUGCCCUCAUCUCAAUGUAUGCCAAGUCCGGCAGCGUUGAGAAUGCCAGGGGGGUGAUGGACCAGGCAGUGGUGGCCGAUCUGAAUGUGAUAUCCUUCACCGCUCUCCUGGAAGGCUAUGUCAAGCUUGGAGAUAUGAAGCGUGCAAGGGAGAUCUUCGAUAUCAUGAGCAACCGAGAUGUCGUCGCCUGGACUGCGAUGAUCGUUGGCUACGAGCAGAAUGGUUACAACGACGAGGCCAUGGAGCUCUUCAGGUCAAUGAUCAGAAGCGGACCAGACCCAAACAGCUACACGCUCGCUGCUGUUCUUAGCGUGUGUGCGAGCCUGGCGUGCCUUAACUACGGCAAGCAGAUCCACUGCAAGGCCAUCAGAUCACUGCAGGAGCAAUCCAGCUCCGUCAGCAACGCCAUCGUCACCAUGUACGCGAGGUCAGGCAGCCUGCCAUUGGCGAGGAGGGUGUUUGAUCGGGUCCGCUGGCGCAAGGAGACGGUGACAUGGACGUCGAUGAUCGUAGCCUUGGCGCAGCAUGGCCUGGGAGGAGACGCCGUUGGCCUGUUUGAAGAAAUGCUCCGCGUCGGCGUGAAGCCGGACCGAAUAACCUAUGUCGGCGUGCUCUCAGCGUGCACCCAUGCUGGCUUUGUGGACCAAGGGAGGAUGUACUACCAGCAGAUGCAGGACAAGCAUGGCAUCGUGCCUGAGAUGAGCCACUACGCGUGCAUGGUCGACCUGCUCGCCCGUAGCGGCCUGCUCCCCGAAGCUCAGGAGUUUAUCCGGCAAAUGCCCGUGGAGCCCGACGCGAUUGCCUGGGGGGCGCUGCUCUCGGCCUGCAGGGUCCACAAGGACGCGGACCUGGCGGAGCUGGCGGCGGAGAAGCUGCUGUCGAUCGACCCCGGCAACAGCGGCGCCUACUCGGCGCUCUGCAACGUCUACGCCGCCUGCGGGAGGUGGGGCGACGCGGCCAAGGCCUGGAAGCGGAGGAAGGACGGAGGUGUGAGGAAAGAGACGGGGUUCAGCUGGACGCACGUGCGCGGCAGGGUCCACGUCUUCGGGGCAGAUGACACCCUGCACCCACAGAGGGAGGCUGUCUACAGGAUGGCUGCCAAGAUGUGGCAGGAUAUCAAGAAGGCUGGCUUCGUGCCGGACCUCCAGUCGGUCCUGCACGACGUUGACGACGAGCUCAAGGAGGAGAUGCUGAGCCGGCACAGCGAGAAGCUCGCCAUCGCGUUCGGCCUCCUGGCCACGCCUGAGGGGACGACGCUGCGGGUCAUGAAGAACCUGCGGGUGUGCAACGACUGCCACACGGCGAUCAAGUUCAUCUCCAAGGUCGCGGACAGGGAGAUCAUCCUGCGGGACGCCACGAGGUUCCACCAUUUCAGGGAUGGGUUAUGUUCUUGCAAAGAUUAUUGGUAGAAGACCUUUUGAUUCCCAAGGAAGGAGGAAUGAAUGCGUUGUUGGUUCA